AACGGGAUUAAUCAUCCCCUUUGUCGAAAAAUUUAUAUUGCAUGCGCCAAUGUAGUUAAAACAAUUUUAUGAUACAUUUAUAAAGUUUUGAAUCCCCUUAACAUAAGAGAAGUUUGGGUUUAAAUUCAAGGGGUGAUAUUUUUGGAUUUUUUUAAUUUUCUUGUUAGAAUUUCUGACUCCACUACUAAUUAUUAUUCUUACUUCAGAUGACAGCAUAAAAUGGAAUGGAGGGAUAUACACAAUAGUGUUUAGUUUUGUUUAUUUUUCUUAAUGUGGAAUGUUGUGAUGACAUUUGUGCUUUUUAUUUUUUAUUUUUUUAUGAAGGUUAUGGUGGAUCCUGAUGCUCCAAGCCCAAACAACCCUAACUUGAGGGAGUAUCUACACUGGUUGGUCACAGAUAUCCCAGCAACUACAAAUACAAGCUUUGGCAAAGAAGUUGUAUGCUACGAGAGUCCAAGACCUUCAAUGGGAAUUCAUCGGUUUGUUCUCGUGCUAUUUCGACAAUUGGAUCGUGAAACUGUGUAUGCCCCAGGUUGGCGUCAGAAUUUUAACACAAGAGACUUUGCUGAGCUUUACAAUCUUGGUUUGCCUGUAGGGAGAGUGGUACCGGUGGACGUCGCACAUAAAAAUUAAUUUUUACCUUUAU